AUGGAUGACAUGGGCGAGUCUAUGAUGAUGACUCCUGAGGAAAAACUUACCCAGUAUGACAGCAGAGCCCAAGCCUUUGCAGACACCCAACAGGUAGGUUUGCAGGUAGUAGUUAUGAUAGUUAUUCUGUCAGUUAUUCUGUCAUGUUCAGGAAUUGCAUCAUCAAAGUUAUAAUGCAUGACAUGUACCACUCAGCAUCUAGAAGGCUGUUUUCAGUAGUGCACCUAUGCUUUUCUCCCCACAGUUUGAUGCUUGUAUCCAGGACCUUGUCCGCUGUCUGGUGUAUGAAGACGGGCACCUGAAACUAGCCCAAGCCCAUGUCCGACUGGCUAAGGCAUACCUACAGUUUAAAGGUGAGUGAUGUCAUGACACUUUACAAUGAGGUACCAUCUAUAAAGGGUUUAUAAUCAAGGCCGGAUUACCGAACGGACACACUAGGCAUGUGCCCCAGGGCCCCCCGACCCAGAAGUCAGUGCCCCAGGUCCCCAAAUGCGGUAGUCCGACCCUGUUAAUAAUAAACUGUUAGUAUUGCAUAUAUUGAUACCUUGACAUAAAAUCUUGGAAUGACCUGUGUGUUGUACUUCAUUCCUCCAGGCUGGGCAGUGCAGGCCCAGGAGCAUUCCGACAGAGCCAGUGAGUUGCUGCCCCUCUGCUCCCCCAGCUACACCUGCUGGGAGGACAGGCUCCACGUCCACACCUGUCUCCUCAACAUAUACCUAGCACAGGGAGGCGCCACUGCUGCUGGCCAAAUAUCCUUUUCACACAUUCUGUCUGUGAGAAAACUCUGA